CGGUCAGUGCUCGUGUUCUCCAGGCGCAGCAGAUCUCCGCUGGAUCUGAUCGCGAUCUGUUUGGAUCAGAUCGGAUCGGUGCGGGUGUGUGAAGGGAACGAGGAGCGGCUCCCAGCGCGGCGCAAUACUGCGGGUCUCCAGUGCGCCUUUAUCUGCGCUAUAAAAGCCCGAGCGAAUGCCAGCUGGAGCAGUGCGGCACCAACGCGCUUCGGUUCCCUCCAGCUUCAGCUCCGGCUUCAGCUUCAGCUCCGUCCGCGUCCGAAGGUCUCAAAAGCAGCAGACGGUUCGUUUUCCCCCGCGGCAGAAUCAUGAGGCGUUCCACGUUCCCCACGAUGGCACUGCUCCUGCUCCUGCUCCUCCAAGCUCAUCAGGCGACGGCGGAGAACGUACACGAGCGUGCCUCCGACCACGACACAUCCUCCAACAAAUCGGGGACCUGCGGAGAAACGGUACAGUGCGCCCCAGGAGUACUGCUUCCUGUCUGGGAACCGCAGAACCCCUCCUUCGGGGAUAAGGUGGCGCGGGCGACCGUGUACUUCGUGGCCCUGGCUUAUAUGUUUCUGGGAGUUUCCAUCGUCGCCGACCGCUUCAUGGCGUCCAUCGAAGUCAUCACGUCUCAGGAGAAGGAGAUCACCAUCAAGAAACCCAAUGGAGAAACCACCACCACCACCGUGCGCAUCUGGAACGAAACCGUGUCCAACCUCACCCUCAUGGCGCUGGGAUCCUCGGCGCCGGAAAUCCUGCUCUCGGUCAUCGAGAUCUGCGGGCACAACUUCGAAGCCGGCCAGCUCGGACCCGCCACCAUCGUCGGGAGCGCCGCUUUCAACAUGUUCGUGAUCAUCGGGCUGUGCGUCUACGUGGUUCCCGACGGGGAGCACCGCAAGGUCAAGCACCUCCGCGUCUUCUUCGUCACCGCCGCCUGGAGCAUCUUCGCAUACCUCUGGCUCUACCUGAUCCUGGCGGUCAUCUCGCCGGGGGUGGUCCAGGUCUGGGAGGGCCUCCUGACACUCUUCUUCUUCCCCAUCUGCGUGGUGUUCGCGUGGGUCGCCGAUCGUCGCCUGCUCUUCUACAAGUACGUCUACAAGCACUACAGGACGGGCAAGCACCGUGGCAUGAUCAUCGAGACCGAAGGGGACCGCCCGCUCCCGUCCAAGGUGGACAUCGAGAUGGACGGGAAAAUGCUCAAUUCUCAUGCCGUGGACUUCCUGGACGGCACCUUGACCCUGGACUUGGAGGACAAAGACCUGGAUGAAGAAGAGGCUCGGCGUGACAUGGCCAAAAUAUUGAAGGAACUCAAGCAGAAACAUCCGGAUAAAGAGGUGGAGCAGCUGAUCGAGCUGGCGAACUACCAGGUCUUGAGCCAGCAGCAGAAGAGCCGGGCGUUUUAUCGGUGCCAGGCUACCCGCUUGAUGACCGGCGCCGGGAAUAUUUUAAAGAAACACGCAGCGGAUCAAGCACGCAAGGCGGUCAGCAUGCACGAGGUGCGCAGCGACGUCGGAGAGAACGAGCCCAUCUCGAAGAUCUACUUCGACCCAGGAUCCUACCAGUGCCUGGAGAACUGUGGCACCAUGGCCAUCAACGUGGUACGCCGCGGCGGCGACCUGAACCAAACCAUCUCGGUCGAGUUCCGCACGGAAGACGGGACAGCCAACGCCGGCUCGGAUUACGAGUUCACCGAGGGCACGGUGGUGUUCAAGCCAGGCGAGGUCCAGAAGGAGAUCCGCGUGGGCAUCAUCGACGACGACAUCUUCGAGGAGGACGAGAACUUUCACAUCCACCUGAGCAACGUCCGCGUCCUCCACGAGGGUGACGAGCCCGAGAACGCCGAGGCCAACCACGUGGACGCCGUCGCCACCCUCGGCAUGCCCUCCACCGCCACCGUCACCAUCUUCGACGACGACCACGCCGGAAUCUUCACCUUCGAGGAACCCGUGACCCACGUGAGCGAGAGCGUCGGCGUCAUGGAGGUGAAGGUUCUCCGGACGUCCGGAGCUCGAGGCGUCGUCACCCUCCCCUACAAGACGGUGGAAGGGGCGGCCAAGGGCGGCGGCGAGGACUUCGAGGACUCCCACGGCGUCCUGGAGUUCCAGAACGAUGAGAUUUUGAAGACGAUUUUGGUCAGGGUGCUCGACCGAGAGGAGUACGCCAAGCAGUGCAGCUUUUAUUUAGUGCUGGAGACCCCACAGUGGACGAGGAGAGGAAGCUCAGGACACAGAGAGGAAGUGAAGGAGGCCAAGCAGGAAGAGGAGGAGCCGCUGACGGGCGAGGAGGAGGAGGAGCGGCGCAUCGCCGAUAUGGGCAAGCCGACGCUGGGAGAACAUGUUAAACUCGAGGUGAUCAUCGAGGAGUCGUACGAGUUCAAGAACACGGUGGAUAAGCUGAUUAAGAAGACCAACUUGGCGUUGCUGGUUGGCACAAACAGCUGGAGAGAUCAGUUCAUCGAGGCCAUCACAGUCAGCGCUGGUGAGGAUGACGAUGAUGAAGAGUGCGGUGAGGAGAAGCUUCCCUCCUGUUUCGACUACGUCAUGCACUUCCUCACCGUCUUCUGGAAGGUUCUGUUCGCCUUCGUCCCGCCCACCGAUUACUGGAACGGCUGGGCGUGCUUCGUCGUGUCCAUCAUCAUGAUCGGCGUCCUCACCGCCUUCAUCGGCGACCUGGCGUGUCACUUCGGCUGCACCGUGGGCCUGAAGGACUCCGUCACCGCCGUAGUCUUCGUGGCUCUGGGGACCUCGGUACCAGACACCUUCGCCAGUAAAGUGGCGGCCACCCAGGACCAGUACGCCGACGCGUCCAUCGGGAACGUGACGGGCAGCAACGCGGUCAACGUGUUCCUGGGCAUCGGCCUGGCGUGGUCCAUCGCCGCCAUCUUCCACAACUCCAAGGGUCGCGAGUUCCGCGUGGAGCCGGGCAACCUGGCCUUCUCCGUCACGCUCUUCACCAUCUUCGCGUUCAUCUGCGUGGCCGUGCUCAUGUACCGGCGCCGGCCCGACAUCGGGGGCGAGCUGGGCGGCCCCAGGACUGCCAAAGCGCUGACCACCAUGCUGUUCUUCAGCCUGUGGCUGAUCUACAUCCUGUUCUCCUCGCUGGAGGCCUACUGCCACAUCAAGGGCUUCUGAUCGCACGCCACGCCCACACGCCACGCCCACACGCACGCAUCCCCGAAAACCACCAAACAUCGGACUGUACGGCGUCCACACGGGGGCGCCCACGCUCUUACCUUACCGCAUCCGCGCACACACACAGGCUACGAGGGAGGACUGACGCUGACGGGAACGCCCACGGACUCGCUUCUAUCCUUUAGGUUCCAUUUUGUUCGGUCCAGCGCACACGCGGACUAGCUAAAGCGCUACGUACAAAAAACAAUCAACUAAUAAAGCGGAAAGACGACGGAAAUAGGAAGCUAGCAAGCGUGGCGGAACUUCGCUAACCUCCGCUAACCUCCGCUUUUAACGUUUAUGUUGUUUUUUGUGAGAGGAAACGUCGGAUUUGUUUUAUUAUUUAUCGUUUUAUUUUCUCACCUCCAUCAUUU